CAUUUCUCCCCUUUCUCACCCCCUUGCAAGUAAAGAAACAGAGCAAACUCGCUGGCUCUCCCAACCAUGGAGUCCUUCCCCCUCCUCAAGUACUGGAGAGGAGGCGGCGGCGCCGCCGCUGUAUCCACCAUACGCGCCGCCGCCGCCAUUUCUUCUCCUCCGGAGACAAUCGAUGAAGCAUCCGACGACGAUGGCCCCUUCUUCGAUCUAGAGUUCACCGUCCCGAUCAGCCAGAGUGGAGCGCAAGAGGGAGAGAAACACCACGACGACGAAAAGGAUUUCAGCUUAUCGAUGACUUCUUCCGAUGAGAGUGAGUGCCAAUCGAAUCGCAACCUUCCCAUUUCACCCUCCGACGAUCUCUUCUUCAAAGGAAGAGUUUUUAGCGCUCCGGAGAGCGAUCUCAGGCCGCAGUUCACCGUUUCCUUUCUCAAAUCGGCCACGAGAUUGCGUGUUCUCAUGCUUCGGUUUCGGAAACCCAAAACUCAUUCUCCGGAGCACGUUUUGAGUUCGCCGAAGCAGAGCUCUCAUUCGAGCAAGUUUUUCAUUAAGGUGGACGAAGCGCCGAUCGCCUCACUGUUCUCUCGAGAAAGCAGUUGCAGGAACCCCAUCGCCGGCUCGCAAUCCUCGCCGGAGGAGAGAACGGUUAAUUCGAAGGAAGUGGUUCAGAAGUAUCUCAGCAAGAUCAAGCCGCUGUAUGUUAGAGUUUCGAAGAGAUACUCUGAUAAGCUGAGGUUUUCAGCUGCGGAGCGGUGGGAAGGAGAAGAAAAGGAAGCAGAGGAGAGCUUGAAAACAGGAAAGAAGAGACAGAAACCAGCCGUUUCUUCACGGAUAAGGGUUGCUUACAAGCAUUUGAGGAAAAGCAAGUCGGCGAUGUCCACUAACGUCACUUCGCCGGUUGCCAUUACGCCGCAGCGGCGAGAUGAUUCCUUUUUAGAGCAGCAGGAUGGGAUCCAGAGCGCCAUUGCUCACUGCAAGCGAUCUCUCACAACUCCUUCCCAAGACAGGGCUGUUUGAUUCACUGAACAUUUUGUCUCCUCUAGUAUAAUCAGUUAGAAAUCCUGUUAUGGAUGAAUGCCUUGAUCGAAAUGUGUAUUAAAUUCAUUGCUUUUGACCAGAAGUUUGAUUUCUCACUGACGGUAGAGGAUAA